CUUCUGAAAUUGAUAGACAGUAACUGCCUGCACACUCUGAUCAACAUCUGACAAUUGAUCAUAUCUAAGAACUUGUUUGUGUUGACUUGAGAACUAUGAAGUUUCUCAUGUUUUUAGUGAUUCUUUCAUUUGCUUCUUUUGCUUUUGCAGACCAAGGUCUCCUUGGGACUAAAGAGUGUACGUAUGGACCAUCCUAUUGGUGUAGCCAUGCCUUGAAUGCCAAGAAAUGUGGUGCUGUUCAGCAUUGUAUAGAUACAGUAUGGAAGACACAGAUCAUUAAACCUAAAGAUACAUUGGAGUGUAAUAUCUGUAAGAUUGGUAUAACAGAAGCAAAGGAAAAGUUAAAGCAAGGUGGUACAGAGGAGAAAAUAAAGGAAUACAUGAAUGAGGUGUGUAACCUACUUACAAGAACAGAUUUAAAAAAAAAGUGUACUGCCUUCGUCAAAACAGAUCUGCCUUUGUUACUUGAGUUGCUGAAGAGUCCUCUGACCCCAGAACAGAUUUGUGCCACUUUGAAAAUGUGUACUGGCUUUGAAGACUUAGUACAACAUCAAAAGAUAUCAACACAGGAAAUAACAGCAAAGGCUGCUGAUGUAUGUACAGACUGUACAAAUUUCUUCACAGAUAUCCAGAACAUGAUAGUCAGCAAUGAGACACAGGAACAGAUAGAAGCUAUGUUGAAGCAGACACUUUGUUCACAACUACAGUCUAUAAAGAGCAUGUGUAAUUUUGUAGUAGAGGAAUACACACCAGAAAUCUUACAGUACCUAGGACAAACAGUUGAUCCCAAAACAACAUGUAGGAUACUUGGUUUCUGUAACAACAAAGGAGACUUGUUUACUGCUUUGAGAAUCAGGAUGCAGAAUAAAGAAACAUUCAGGAAAUUUAACAAGAAAGCUAUUGGAGGACAAGAAGAAUGUGAUGUAUGCAAAAAUGUGAUGACCGAUGUCCAGUCUCUAGAUAGAGACCCUACUACACAGGGUAAAAUUAAAGACUUUGUGAAGAAAGAAUUAUGUAGCAGACUUGGAGGCCUAGCCAGUGAGUGUUCCAGUCUGGUAGAUGAGUAUGCUUCAGUCCUCUUUGAGUUGUUGGCAAAUGAGUUGGACCCUGAAACAGUGUGCAGCUUUGUAGGAUUCUGUAGGGCAGUUGAAUUGAAAAAGCCAUCAAUAUCUGUUGUAUCCCUAACUAAAUCAGAACCCAUUAUAGCCUUGGACAUCACUCCUGCCAUGCUUAUCCACGACACCAAUCCAGUGAAGACCUCAGGUGUUUAUUGCGAUAUAUGUAAAGUUGCAAUGAAUGAACUGGAUUCUAUCCUCGCCAAGAACGCUACAACAGCCCAAAUAGAAGCAGCUUUGAACCAGCUCUGUGACCGUUUACCUGGUGGAUUGAAGGACCAAUGUACAUCUUUUAUCAAUCAGUAUGCUCCAGCCAUUCUGGAACUCCUACAACAAGAACUCAAUCCCACUGUUGUCUGUGACAAGUUAGGACUAUGUACACCAAUGAAAUCAAACAUCAAAUCCAGUGUUUCAGCAUCAGUAGAAUGUGUUCUCUGUGAAUAUGUACUGUCCACUGUAGAAAGACAGUUAGGCAAUAACAGAUCUCUGGCUGUGAUUAAAGCUGCCCUUGACAAAGUCUGUAGUAUAAUGCCUGGCACCAUCAGCCAAGAAUGUAUUUUAUUUGUCAGCAAGUAUGAACAGUUGAUAAUCAACCUUUUACUUAAAGAAGUAAAACCAUCUGAGGUAUGCAAGGCCCUUACCUUGUGCACUGCCUCAGUCAAGUCUUUACCAAAACCAGCAAUUCUGAUGAGAGGGGAACCAGUUCUCAUACCACAACGGAUCAAAACAUUACCCAAACCUGUAUCUGGAAUUCUUCUGCAAGGUGAACCAAUCAUGAAUAAAAAGAACACAAUGAAAAGCGCUGAAGGAUGUUUAGUCUGUGAGACCUUGAUGAACUACCUUUCUGAAGCAUUGAAGGAAAACAAGACUGCAGCAGCCAUCAAAUCUUUGUUAGAAAAAGCAUGUGACCUUCUACCUACAUCCAUGGCAAAUGAAUGCCAAGGAAUAGUGAUUGCAUUUGGAGAUAUCAUAAUCAAGGAACUGUCCCAGGAGAUAGAUCCUAAACAAAUCUGCAAGGACAUAGACAUGUGCACAUCAUCGAGGAUCAAUAAUCAACUUCCAAAGAAAGCAUCAGCUGCCUUCAAGGAGGAGCUCAAAAAUUUUCUUAGGAAUGAUAACAGACUGUACUACAAACCAAAGAAUCUUGGCAAGAAAAAAUGUGGGUUUGGUCCUUCUUAUUGGUGUAAAAGUAUGGAAACAGCAAAGGAAUGUGGAAUGGUUGAACACUGCAAGGAUGUAUGGAGUAGAAAAUAAGAUCUGACUUAAAACCAACACAACUAACAUGACAUCUCCACUUUACAGUGCAUUUGAAUUAUAUCUCUUAACAGUUGUUAUUAAAAAUAUAUUAUUUUAUUCUUUAAAGAAAAUAUAUCAAGUUUCCAUAAGACCAAGAAUUUUUUAUAAGGAAGCUUCCUUUGUAUUUUUAAUAUGCUAAUACUGCGUCCAAUGAUAGAUCUGUAUUCUAAAGACUACAAAAAUUGUAAUAUAUAAAUUGAUUUAUUAAAAUCGUUAAUUUGCAAUUUAAGGGAAGGGAAUAUCUUAAAAGAUUUUGUCUGUUAAUUCAUAAAGAAAUGAAAGAAAUUAUGAUAAAAAGAGGAAUAAUCACAAACUGAAUUUGCAUAAUUUACAUUUGAGUUUUAUACAAUGAAGAUGUUGAAUAUGCAGUAGAAAGCACUAUUGUGAUGAACUUUUGUAAUGAACUUAUUUCUUUAGGAAAAGUACUGCUUGUAAAUAUUUGUUUUAAUGUAUUUAUACUUUACAGAAUAUUAACAUGCUUUAAAAAUUUUAUAUUCAUUUUGAUGGACAAUUACUAUUUAUACUUUAAAGUUUUGUAUGAAAAUAUCUUGUUUCACAUCCAUAUCUAUCUGUAGGAAGUAAAAAGUUAAAAAAUUGUUAAAUAAAAAAGACUUAUUUACAUUAAAAAAAAUAGUACAAGCACAUGAAUAUAAUUAUGACUGUUUAAAGUAAAAUAUAAAUAAAUGAAAUACUCCCUGACCACACUUUAAUGAAUUGACAAGGAUUACAUUUUUAUAGCCUUUGUAAGAAUUGAGUCUCAUAAUAUGACUACCGGUAUAAUCCCUAUGCAUUUUUAUAGAUCAGAUUUAACAUUGUAUAAUGAUACAGGAAAUGACAGCCUAGUGAUGAAGACUAUGCUGCAUAUUGAAAAAUGAAAAGAUCUUUUAUAGUAAUAAAAACGUCUACUUGAAUUUAAGCAUUUGUGGUGUCUUGGUAGUAAUUACACAUAAUACACGAAAUCCUUUAGUUUGCAGUUAUUUGAUGAGUUGAUAUUUAAAUAGGAGUUUAGAUGAAUUUAUGUAGAAAUUAAGUUAUAGAUUAUUCCCAGUGGUUGAGGAUAAUUUAUGACAUUUGUAAUAGCACAACAGCAACAUAUGUGCUGCAAAUAAUGUGUAAAUACUUUGUAAAUAUUUGAUGAGAUUUUCAUUAUGUUAACUAUAAUAGUUAUUCCCCCUUUAAUUGAACAGCUUGUCAUUACCAUAUCAGAAGUUUAAUGUGUUGAUAUAGAGAUCUCAUUCAGAUUUUACAGAUAAAAAUAAAUCACAGAAAAAAUUAUGUUUUUUAGUAAUUGUUCAGUGUUUAAAAUGGGAAAAAAACCACCAAAGUAAUCAUACCUUCAAUUGUCUUGUAGGUUUUUUGUGUCAACGAGUUGUCUCAUCGACUUAUACCAAAAUACAUAAGUAUAUGUGUAUAUUUUUUUCAUUUUUAUAGAAAAGACAAAAAUAUUUGGAAAUUUCCAUAUAGGGGUCAAUAUAUUGAUUUUGUUUAACAUUAUACAGUUUGAUGUGUAUACAAAUAUAUCAGAAUAUGUUCUCAUUAAAAAACUUUUUACAUGUAACUAACAAAAAUACUCCAGCAAAGGUCUUUUCAAUCUAUAGCUUAUAAUUUAGUCAUCAUAGCUAUUUUGCAUUUAUGAACAAACUUUAGAAUAGCACAGUUUAACAUAGGUAUCUCUGCUUUGAAUAAAAGAAAAAAUCUUCUUUCUUUGCCUUGAUAAUAAAUGUCUUAGCUUUUGACAGGACCAACACUCUCAUUGAUCAAAUUCAAUCUUAUCUAAGUUAUCGGGAUCAUAAUAUGGUGGUCGAUAUAUAAUGUAUUGAAAAUAAAUCAAACCAGAAGUUUUAUUUUGAACAAAUGUAAUGUUCCUGGCCUAUAAAACAUCAUAAAUACUUUGUAAUGUUUUCUGCAGAAAUUUAACUGAUGAAGAAGAUUCCUUUAAAAUCUAGAAAUGUAUAAUUUCAUUUGAUUGUACAUCAAUCAUUUCAGCAGUAACAUUUCUGAAAUAUUGUGCUGGUAACAAUAUGUUAAAGGUAGUAAACACCAGUUAUUUCCCUUUACUAAUGACGAUAUUGAUUUUGAUGUAUGAUUUGAAAACUUUGUUAUUGCGUAUGUAUGUUACCGUAACAUUGUUACGGCUGUUUUGCAAUAAAACAUUCCUUUCUCUAA